AUGAACAGUGUUCAGUCACGGAAAAGAAAGCUUCACAACGAUGAAGAUGUAAAAAAACAAGAAAUAAUUAAGUACGGAGUAAAACCAGGCGAGUGCUCAUAUUGCAGUGCACGCCUACGUAUAACAAACACAUUUGGGUGUAAGUGCAAAAGAAUAUUCUGUGCCAAACACAGAUACUCAGACGAGCACCGCUGUUCGUAUGACUAUAAAACAGAGAAUAUGAUAAGACUAGAGAAAGAGAAUCCAAGGAUUGUUCCAUCUAGAAUAUCAAAUGCAUGA